UCCGCCAACGUCCAACCCCCUCCACGGCGGCUUCCUCUUUCCGUUCCUGAAGCCGUGUCUUCCCGGCCCCAGGAGGACGAGCCGGAAGUGCGUCAUGAUCUGGCGCCCGGCUUCUCGUUUGGCGCGCGCGCCCCAAGGAGAAGUGUUGGGCGCUCUUGGCUUUUCUCUCGGGUCGCCUCGGGUUUGGAGCAUCUUCGUAGCGUGGUGUCGGCGGUUGCCGGCAUGCCAACGUCUGGGCUGGGCUCGGUGAUGGCGGCCUCCACGUCGUCGGCCGCCUCCCUGCAGGAAGCUUUGGAAAACGCGGGGAGGCUUAUCGACCGACAGUUGCAAGAAGACCGCAUGUACCCAGACCUGUCGGAGCUGCUCAUGGUGUCCGCCCCAAACAGUCCCACUGUUUCUGGAAUGUCUGAUAUGGAUUACCCUCUGCAAGGACCCGGCUUGCUGUCCGUACCCAGCCUUCCAGAGAUCAGCACUAUCCGAAGAGUGCCCCUCCCACCUGAGCUGGUUGAACAAUUUGGACAUAUGCAGUGUAACUGCAUGAUGGGUGUUUUUCCUCCCAUCAGCAGAGCUUGGCUUACAAUUGACAGUGACAUAUUCAUGUGGAACUAUGAAGAUGGAGGUGACCUUGCCUAUUUUGAUGGACUCAGUGAGACAAUUCUUGCUGUGGGACUAGUCAAACCAAAAGCCGGCAUCUUUCAACCUCAUGUACGACACCUGCUGGUUUUGGCAACCCCUGUGGAUAUAGUAAUUCUUGGACUCAGCUAUGCUAAUGUACAGACAGGUUCCGGCAUUCUUAACGACAGUAUGUGUGGUGGAAUGCAGCUGCUUCCGGAUCCUUUGUAUUCUCUUCCAACGGAUAACACUUACCUGUUAACAAUCACUUCCACUGACAGUGGCAGGAUUUUUUUGGCUGGAAAGGACGGCUGUUUGUAUGAAGUAGCAUACCAAGCAGAGGCAGGCUGGUUCAGUCAAAGAUGCAGGAAGAUCAACCACUCAAAGAGCUCACUCUCCUUUCUUGUGCCUUCCUUGCUUCAGUUCACAUUCUCAGAAGAUGAUCCUAUUGUUCAAAUUGAAAUUGAUAAUUCAAGAAAUAUUUUGUAUACACGAUCGGAGAAAGGAGUAAUACAGGUUUAUGAUUUGGGCCAUGAUGGACAGGGGAUGAGUAGAGUUGCCUCAGUUUCACAGAAUGCCAUUGUCUCUGCUGCUGGAAACAUUGCUAGGACUAUUGAUCGUUCCGUUUUUAAGCCGAUUGUUCAGAUAGCAGUGAUUGAAAACUCUGAAUCCCUGGACUGUCAGUUACUGGCCGUCACUCACGCAGGUGUGAGGUUGUAUUUCAGCACUUGUCCAUUCAGACAGCCAUUAGCUCGGCCCAACACACUGACAUUGGUUCACGUCCGACUGCCUCCUGGAUUCUCAGCAUCUUCAACAGUGGAAAAGCCUUCAAAAGUACACAAAGCUCUUUAUAGUAAAGGAAUUCUACUGAUGACAGCCUCAGAAAAUGAAGAUAAUGACAUUUUAUGGUGUAUCAACCAUGAUACAUUUCCUUUCCAAAAACCAAUGAUGGAAACUCAGAUGACAACCCGUGUUGAUGGUCAUUCCUGGGCUCUUUCUGCAAUAGAUGAAUUAAAAGUGGAUAAAAUAAUCACACCUUUAAAUAAAGAUCAUAUUCCAAUAACUGACUCGCCAGUUGUUGUACAGCAACACAUGUUGCCUCCAAAGAAAUUCGUUCUCCUCUCAGCACAGGGUAGUCUUAUAUUUCAUAAACUGAGACCUGUAGAUCAGCUGAGACAUCUGCUUGUGAGUAACGUGGGUGGAGAUGGAGAGGAGAUUGAAAGAUUCUUCAAAUUACAUCAGGAAGACCAAGCUUGUGCAACUUGCCUUAUCCUCGCUUGUUCUACUGCUGCCUGUGAUAGAGAAGUGUCUGCUUGGGCUACACGGGCAUUCUUUAGGUAUGGUGGUGAAGCACAGAUGAGAUUUCCAGCUACUCUUCCCACUCCAAGUAAUGUUGGUCCUAUCCUGGGGUCUCCCAUGUAUUCUAGUUCUCCUCUCCCUGGUGGUAGUGCCUAUCCGAAUCCACCCCAUUUGGGGACACCAUCCCAUGGCGCUCAGCCUCCUACCAUGUCAACCCCAAUGUAUGCUGUGGGAAACCCAGCAAUGCAGGCUGCGAGCAUGAGUGGUUUGACUGGGCCAGAGAUUGUGUUCUCAGGAAAACACAAUGGUAUUUGCAUUUACUUCUCUCGAAUCAUGGGAAAUAUUUGGGAUGCUAGCUUAGUUGUUGAAAGAGUAUUCAAGAGUUCCAACAGGGAGAUCACUGCAAUUGAAAGCAGUGUGCCUAGCCAGCUGCUAGAGUCUGUGCUACAAGAACUGAAGGGUUUGCAGGAAUUUCUAGACAGAAAUUCCCAGUUUUCUGGAGGACCACUAGGAAAUCCAAACACUACUGCCAAAGUGCAGCAGAGGCUGGUAGGAUUCAUGCGUCCUGAGAACGGAAACACCCAGCAGAUGCAACAAGAGCUGCAGAGGAAAUUUCAUGAGGCUCAGCUGAGUGAGAAGAUUUCACUUCAGGCAAUCCAGCAGCUGGUCAGAAAAUCCUACCAGGCUCUGGCUUUGUGGAAACUCCUCUGUGAGCAUCAGUUUACUGUCAUUGUAGGAGAACUUCAGAAGGAAUUUCAAGAGCAGCUAAAGAUCACCACCUUUAAGGAUCUGGUGAUCAGAGACAAAGAGCUCACCGGUGCGUUAAUUGCUUCUCUUAUCAGCUGCUACAUCAGAGACAAUGCUGCUGUGGAUGGCAUUAGUUUACAUCUGCAGGACAUCUGCCCGCUUCUCUAUAGCACAGACGAUGCGGUUUGUUCUAAGGCAAAUGAGCUUCUUCAGCGGUCCCGACAAGUUCAAAAUAAGAGUGAAAAAGAAAGAAUGUUAAGGGAGUCACUGAAGGAAUAUCAGAAAAUCAGCAACCAAGUAGACCUUUCCAGUGUCUGUGCUCAGUACCGGCAAGUGCGCUUUUACGAGGGCGUCGUGGAACUUUCUCUUACUGCUGCCGAGAAAAAAGAUCCUCAGGGUCUCGGGCUCCAUUUCUAUAAACAUGGAGAACCAGAAGAAGAUGUCGUGGGUCUUCAGACUUUCCAAGAGAGAUUAAACAGUUACAAGUGCAUUACAGACACUCUUCAAGAACUGGUAAAUCAAAGUAAGGCUGCUCCUCAGUCUCCUAGUGUACCCAAAAAACCUGGUCCUCCGGUGUUGUCAUCAGAUCCCAACAUGCUGAGCAAUGAAGAAGCAGGACAUCACUUUGAACAGAUGCUUAAACUGGCUCAGCGGUCCAAGGAUGAGCUCUUCAGUAUUGCUCUUUAUAACUGGCUAAUCCAAGCUGACCUUGCAGAUAAACUACUACAGAUUGCUUCUCCAUUUCUGGAGCCACAUCUAGUUCGAAUGGCCAAAGUGGAUCAAAAUAGAGUUCGCUAUAUGGAUUUACUCUGGAGGUAUUAUGAGAAGAACAGAAGUUUUAGUAGUGCUGCUCGUGUCCUAUCCAAAUUGGCUGACAUGCACAGCACAGAAAUUUCGCUUCAACAGAGACUAGAAUACAUUGCUCGAGCCAUUCUUAGUGCUAAAAGCUCCACUGCCAUUUCAUCAAUAGCUGCAGAUGGUGAAUUCCUUCAUGAAUUAGAAGAAAAAAUGGAGGUCGCUAGGAUCCAACUUCAGAUACAAGAGACACUACAAAGGCAAUACUCCCAUCAUUCUUCAGUGCAGGAUGCAAUUUCUCAGCUGGAUUCUGAGCUGAUGGAUAUUACUAAGCUUUAUGGGGAAUUUGCUGACCCAUUCAAACUUGCAGAGUGUAAACUUGCAAUCAUUCAUUGCGCUGGUUAUUCAGAUCCCAUAUUGGUACAUACACUUUGGCAAGAUAUCAUAGAGAAAGAAUUGAAUGAUAGUGUAACAUUGAGCUCAUCAGAUCGAAUGCAUGCUCUCAGCCUCAAGCUUGUCCUCCUUGGCAAAAUUUAUGCUGGCACACCUCGUUUCUUUCCCCUGGAUUUUAUUGUGCAGUUUUUGGAACAGCAAGUUUGUACUUUAAACUGGGAUGUUGGUUUUGUUAUACAGACCAUGAAUGAAAUUGGAGUGCCUUUACCUAGACUACUAGAAGUUUACGAUCAACUCUUCAAGUCACGGGAUCCAUUCUGGAACAGAGUGAAAAGGCCACUGCACCUUUUGGAUUGUAUCCAUGUAUUACUAACAAGAUAUGUUGAGAAUCCAAGCCAAGUUUUAAAUUGUGAGAGGAGAAGAUUUACAAAUCUCUGCCUGGAUGCUGUUUGUGGUUAUCUGGUUGAACUCCAGUCAAUGAGUUCUUCGGUAGCAGUACAAGCCAUCACGGGGAAUUUUAAAUCUCUCCAAGCAAAGUUGGAACGGCUUCAUUAAUUAUUGUAGUAUAUUUUUCUUUCUUGCAUUUUGGUCUGUAAAAUAAAAGCUCAGCUGGGUCCAGAAA